UGAGAUAUUUAUGCUAGAUUAAUAAUUUUUUAAAAAAUUUUAAGAAUUCUUAAUGUAUAUACGUAUCAAAAAUCUAUUUCUAAACAUAAUAAAAGAUACAUAAUAAAUUAUGUAUAAAAAUACGUAAUUGAUAUUAUUUCAAAUAUGAAAGUGAUACAUUUACUUACAUUUUAUAGAGUUCUACAAAGAGUGAGGAGCAAAGAGAAACGCAGAGGAGAGGAAACGGGCUAUUGCGCCAUCAGGAAGUGGCUCACCACUUACACGAGUAUAGUUAACUAUACUCUAACAUAGAGAAUGAACGUACCGCCUUGUAUUCUGUUCAUGUACUCACUCAGUAGUGUCAUGGAGGUAACAUGGCCGAAGAGACGCGCCUAGUUCGCGUUGAAGAAAGAUUAAAAAUAAAAAUUGGUGAGGUAAAAAAUUUACAAAGCAGAAAUCAUGGAUCUCCUGGUGCAAGAGAUGUAUAUUGUGUAUUAUCUCUUGAUCAAGAAGAAAUAUUUAGAACAACAACAAUGGAAAGAACUCUCAAUCCAUUUUUUGGAGAAGAAUUUCAAUUUGAAGUGCCUAGAAAAUUUCGUUAUCUUGGAAUUUAUGUUUAUGAUCGCGAUAGACAUUUAAAACAAGAUAAAAUUUUGGGUAAAGUAGCAAUAAAAAGAGAAGAUUUGACAACAUACCAUAAUAAAGAACAUUGGUUUCCAUUGAGACCAGUUGAUGCUGAUUCUGAAGUGCAAGGUAAAGCACAUUUGGAACUUUCUCUCCAAUCUCAAAUUGGACAUGCUCAAUCUAAGCUUACAGUAAGGGUGAUAGAAUGUAGUGAAUUAACUAUUAAAAAUGGUGGCUGUGAUCCAUUUGCAAUUGUUACAGUCAUCUAUAGUAAUGGCAAACAAGUAUUAAAACGCACAAAAAUUAAAAAAAAAACAGUAUCUCCAUAUUUUAAUGAAACAUUUAUUUUUGAGCCAGAAAUAACAGAAUCUAAAGAAAAAGAUAUUUCCCAUUAUUCUCUUGAACAUGGAGAAGUGAAUGAAGUAGUUGUAGGUUUAUGGCAUGCAUCUUCAGGAAUGGGAGAACAACCAGCUUUUCUUGGGGAAGUUAGAGUUACUUUAAGAGGUCUACAAAAACAAUCAACUAAUUCAACAACUGCAUGGUAUUUUUUACAACCUAGAGCAGUAAAACAUCGUCCAAAUAAAAUUUCAAAUAGUUCCACGUCACCUGGUGUACUUCCAGGUUUAGGAUCUCUGCGAUUAAAAAUACAUUAUACAGCUGAUCAUGUUUUUCCAUCAGCAAUGUAUGAUAGACUUAGAAAUUUGUUAUUACAAAGUGUUAAUAUUCAACCAAUAACAUCUUCUGCUGUUUAUAUUUUGGGAGAAAUUGUAUCAAGUAAAAUGGAAGCAGCUCAACCAUUAGUUAGGGUAUUAGUACAUUACGGUCAAUUGGUUUCUGUAAUGAGAGCUUUAGCUAGUCAUGAAAUUUCUAAAUUAACUGAUCCAACAACAAUAUUUCGUGGCAAUACAUUAGUAAGUAAGAUGAUGGAUGAAGGUAUGAGAUUAGCAGGUCUCCAUUAUUUACAUAGUACUCUUCGACCAGCUAUGAAACAAGUCUUUUUAGAAAAAAAAUCAUGUGAAAUAGAUCCAACAAGAGUAAAGGAUGCAAAUACGAUUCAAACUAAUUUAACAAAUUUAAAGGAAUAUGUUGAGAGAGUAUUUACUGCUAUUACAACAUCUGGUGUACGAUGUCCAUCAUUAAUGUGUGAAAUGUUUUGGUGUUUAAAAGAACUUGCAGCAAUGCAUUUUCCAAAAAAUAAAGAAGUAAGAUAUUCAGUCAUCAGUGGAUUUAUUUUUUUACGAUUUUUUGCUCCUGCAAUAUUGGGUCCAAGAUUAUUUGAUAUUACUACUGAACAAAUUGAUUCUCAGACUAAUAGAACUUUAACAUUAAUUUCUAAAACAAUUCAAAGUCUAGGAAAUUUAGUAAGUUGUAGAGGAGGAGCAGGUAGUGUUUGUAAAGAAGAAUAUAUGGAAUGCGUGUACAGAGAGUUUUAUACAGAAAAGCAUAUACAAGCAGUUAAACAAUUUUUAGAAUUAAUAUCAACUAGUAGUAAUAGUAAUAUUGCAAAACAACGAACAAAUACUCAACAAGAACAACCAAUUGUAUUAAAAGAAGGAAUAUAUUUUCUCUUCAUGCAUACUGCUGAUUGUAAGAAGAGAGUAAUGAUUAAAAGGGCACAAGGUAGAAAACGCUUUGGUCGGAAAAAUUUUAAACAAAGAUAUUUUAAGCUUACUACACAGGAUUUGUCUUAUUCAAAAACAAAAGGCAAGGAACCUUUAUGUAAAAUACCACUUGAAGAAAUAUUGGCAGUUGAAAAACUUCAUGAAGAUUCUUUUAAAAUGAAAAAUAUAUUUCAAAUUAUUCAAUCACAGAGGGCAUUGUAUGUUCAAGCAGGAAAUUGUGUAGAAGAAAAGGAAUGGAUUGAUAUUUUAACAAAAAUUUGUCGUACAAAUAGUAAUCGAUUAGAAAAAUAUCAUCCAAGUGCAUAUAUUAAUGGCCAUUGGCUUUGUUGUAAAGCAGUAGCAGAAAUUGCUCCAGGGUGUAGUGAAGUAUCACCGGGAGUAGAAGCUGGAUUGCGUAUGGUUCUAGAUCCAGAUCGAGAUUUGCAACGAAUACAUUCUCUAAUAUUUACAAAUAUGCCACGUCUCGAAACUUUAAUGAGUGCGUGUGAGUGUCAAGCUGUUUAUGGGGCUAAUGAUAUGUGUAUUAUACCGGGUGGUGGAUCUCCUAUAGAAGAUGUGCCAUCUUGUUUUAAAACUUUAACUGCAUUAAGAGAAGCUGCAUAUGCUUUACAGCAUGAACAUAGAGCUUAUUUUAGGAGAUUAGCACGUGAUACUAAAUAUGGAAGCAAGCAAGCUCCAAUUGGAGAUGACAAUUACCUUCAUUUAGCUGCAAGAGCUGGAUUUGAAGGCCAAUUAACAAAACGUGCUUAUGAAAUAGAUAAUCUAAAUCACUAUAUAGAAUCAGAUCAUUGUUAUGACAGUGGACUUUCUAGACGAAUAGAGGAUCAACAGUCAUAUGAUGAAACAUUUAGAAAACGUCUAGAUUCUGGUUCAAUACAUCGUAGGUAUGAAAACGAAAAUAAUAUACUACGACGAUAUGAAAAUAAUACCGAAAUUAUUAAAAGUAUUCAGAAUGAUCUCAAAACAUUUGAUCAUAGUCUAAAUAAUACGUUUAGAACAGAUAAUUCUGAAAAAAAUGUAAAUUUAGAAAACAAUAAAAUUUUAGAUAAUUCAAAUGUUUUAGCAAUAGAUGAAAUUAAUAUUUCUAGUACAUUACACUCAAGAAAAUUCAAUAGCUAUGACCAUACUAAAAUAUUAAAUGAAUGUACAGUAACAAAGUUUAAAGGUGGUAAAUCUGAUAUAUCUUGUAAUUCUAUAAAUGAUCAUACUAAUUAAUUCAAUUAAACUUUGAAAAUGAAAAUAUGUUCCUAUAAAAAUUUUUAAGAUAUUAUUUCAUUUAUAUUAUAUAUUCAUAUUAUUCAAGAUUGUAACGAUUAUUUCUUGCAGAUAUAUACAGUAUAUAUGGUUUAAGUGUAUGUAUCAAAUAUAAUUCAAACUGAAUUAUAUUUAAUUUGAAAUAUAAAAAACUAUCUAUAUGAAAAGAUAUUAUUUAAAAAAAAAAUUAAGAUUUUAUAUAGAUAUAGUAUAAUUUUAUUAAUCUUUCAACAAUAAGUCAUUAUAUGAAUAAAAAAAUUUUCAAAUGUCGAAUACAUUUUAAAGAAUAAAUAUUUAAAUGAAAUAAAAAUGAUACUACUUAAAAACGUAUUUCUGCAAAGUUCAAAAUUGGUAUAUAAAAUAUUUGAUAGCAAAAAUAAUACAAUGUAUAUACAUAUAUUAAUCAAUAACAUAAAAAGAUAUAGUCACAUGUUAUACAUUGCUAUUGUUGAAAACUAUAAUAGUUUAAAUGUUUAUUAUUAGUUCAUUAUAUAUUGUUAUCAUUAAUCAUUUUGAUAGAUUUUAUAUUGUCUCUUUUUUCUUUUUUGAUAAUUAGAUAAAAUGUGAUUAAAAGAAAUUAUUUGCUUUAAAUAUUAAAAAGUCAAUAACAAAUAUUAAAAAGUCUUCAAAAAUUAUUUUUACAGAAUUGCUAAAAAUAAUAUGUUAAUAUCAAUGAUUAAUUGAAUUAAUUCAUGCUAAAGAUAAAUUAAUUUGAGCUAAAAAUAAAAUCUUCUACAAGAUGAUCUUCUCGCUAACUGAAGGCAAUUAAUCAUUAAUUUUUUCAUGAUAACAAAAUUGUAUUAAUGUAAUAUCAGAUCUCAAUAUUGUUCAGAUUGGAAAAAUAUAUAUUUGUGAAAUAAAGAGAAUCAAUUUCUUUUUUUUUUAUUCUUAUUUUGAUUCUGUUUUUAUUUCACAGAUAUGCAAAAUAUAUUAUCAUCAUAUCGCAGUUAUUAAUAAUAUAAUGGCUAAUUACAAAUUUAUAUACAAACACAGUGCAAUUAUAAUUCAUAGCACUGAGUUAAUUAGUAAUGAAAUUAUUCUAUAAAUAUAUAUGUAUAUGAACGUAUUCAAUGAAUUCUCAUAUAUAUAAAAUCUUUAAAAUCUUAAUUUAUAUAUAAUUAAAAUUGUUUAAUUAUUUAUUUUGGUUAAACUUUUUUUUGGUGAACAUAAAAUUUUUUAUUUUUAUAUUAUCUUAUAAUAUUUGUUAAGCAUCCUAAUGCUAAAUAUAAUAUAUAAUAAAUUAAAUAUAUUAUAUAAUAUAUAUAUUGUGCAAAAAUCAUUACAUCAAAAUUUAUUACAUUUGUUAAUGUACAUAUAUUGUACAUAUACCUUGUUUGAAUUGGAACAUUUAACAUGUAUUUAAUUAGAUUAAAUUUUCUUUUAUGAAAUAUUGUGUAAUGCUUUCAUUAAAAAUCUAAUCUAUUUAUAUUACUAAUACUAUUUUUUUCACUAAUACUAUUUUUUAAUAUGAAUAAUGAUUCAAUAUAUAGAUUGAAUGAAAUAUAAUAAUACAUAUCAUAUACGACUAGUUAAAAUAAGACAUAAAAUAUUUAUAAUUAUGUUUAUAAUUUUUUAUACAAUUAAAAUUUUUAUUAGAUUAUAUCUUUUAAAUAUAAAAAAAAAAACCAAAAAUUUUAUGCUCGCCAAAAUGAAAUUUAAUUAAUAAUAAUAAUCUUUAUUUUUUUUUUACUUUAAUUAUUUAAUUUCCAUUUAAAUUUAAUUCUCAGGUUCUUAAAUCUUAUGUUAUUUAUCUUCAUAUAUAUAUAUUUUGUUGCAUAACAAAUUUGUAUACAGAUCAAAUUUCAUUGAAAUCUUUUUUCAAAUUUAUCGCUUUGAAAAAUAAUUUCAAAAUUUUGUUAAAAAUUCCUGAUAAAAAAAUAUUCUAAUUGGGAUAAAGAAGUUUAUAUAUUUUGAUAUGUUUCUACUUAAAUAUAAUUUGCUUAUAUUCUGAAUAUAAAAGAUCGAUUGAAAAGAUAGUUUACUCAAUAUUAAUUAAAUUCAUCUUUAUUUAAAA